CCUAAUUCCAUAUCUCAAGACUGUCCCGUACCUCGCUACUCUGGGAAUAUCUUUACACCCAUAUACCUUCCGACCUGAGCAUUUACUAACAUCUAGUAUCCUUCACACUGCCCGGGCAUAUCCCCGCGAACCACCAUGGCCCGCCUCAGUACUCGAAGCUCCGGCGAGAGCCGGCCCAAGACACACCUGCAUACCAAAAACGAAGACACACGCCCAGUGCCUAAAGAGUCAGUGACUCGCAGCAAGUCUGUUCGAACCGCAGACAAACCAGCGUCCAGCGGGCGCAGCCGCCAUCAACGCAGCGGCACGGUGUCAAGCACCUCGUUUGACAUCUUCUCCGAACACGACGCAUCCAGUGAUACGGAGGGGACCAGCAGCUCCUCUCGAACAUCCUCUGAUAAUAAGACCUCGGACCCGCUGAAGCUGUCCCGCGUCAACUCCCUCCUCCGCCGACACCAACAGCCACCGCGCAGCCGGCCCACACCUAAGUCGGAGAUGUACGACCACGAUAAAGAGAAUGACCCCGUUGAGGAGGCAGAGGAGGCACAGGUGGAUGCGCCAAGUUUGAGCCGGAGCUCAUCGGGUGCUUCUGCUCAGCGCUCACCGGUCAGAAGAAAUGCCUCCGCUGCGGGCAGAGGUAACUCCCGGUUCUUGGGAUACCGACAGCAGUCAGAGGACGAUGAUAGCGGCUCGGAUUCGCUCGAUGACUUCAUCGUCAGUGAUGACGACGAGCCUAGCUAUCACGGCAGCUCAGAUGGCGAGACAGCGGAAGAAGACAGCCCUAAAGCGCCCACGCCGCCGCAGCCCCGGCGCAAACUGGUGAGGGGGAGGCGUCCGAACCCGGAGGCGGAGAUUAUGAAGGCGUUGGUGAAUUCACCACAAAAGCAAGAUCUGCAGCUGGAGCCUUCCCUGCCAUCUGCAUUCACUCUGCCCCCACCACAGACGGGUGUCACCCCUCGACGCCUGUUUCAAAAAAAUACCAGUCUCUCGGACAGAGUGAAUUGUCUGAGCCUAGAUGAUAAUGACGACACCUCACUCCAGUUACAGCGGGAGCUGGAGGACGAUGACCCCUCAUCCCAGCUACAAAAGGACUUGUUCCUCACAGCGGUAGAGCCUGAGUCUCCACUGCAGAAGCCAAAAGAACCAAUGCAGCCCGUGCUGGAGACCCCCCCAUCCAGCCCAUCCAAGAAGGGUCUCCGGUCCCCGACCAAAGAAAGAGUCGCCGUCCCACCGACGCCCUUCCGUGAGAGCGUUGACGCCUUCUGGAGCGAGCAGAUCACCAACGACUGGGUCGACCAGCACUCUCCACGCAAAGCAAACAAGCUGCUCGAAGAGUUCGACGAGUCUGACCCCGAGGCCGAUAUGGACAUCAUGCCGCACAGCAGUCGCCCCAUCACCACCACCAACAAAGAGUCACGCACGCCCAGCAAAACCGCCCUAAAGAAAGCCGAAGUCGCCCAGCGCAAGGCCGUAGCAGCAGCCAAGAAGGAUUUCGACGACAGGAAAGCCAGUGUCGCGGAGCACUUCCUGCAGACGCUCGACGAUCUCGUCACAGACGGCCGCCUACAGCGAAUGGCCAGCGCAACCGGCGGCAUACGCAUCACCUGGAGCAAGACACUCCAGACAACCGCGGGGCGAGCCAGCUGGCGGCGCGAGAGAAAGAAAAGCUCCCUCUCCUCAAGCACAGACGCAACGCAAGACGCAACGGCAAAACACACCGCAGGAAUCGAGCUCGCCGAGCGCAUCAUCGACAACGAACACCGCCUGAUCAACACCAUCGCGCACGAAUACUGCCACCUCGCGAACUUCAUGAUCUCCAACAUCCACAACAACCCGCACGGCGAGAGCUUCAAGCAGUGGGGCCGACGCUGCAAGAACGCCCUCCACGACCACCCCGUCUACGGCGGCGGCCGCGUCGAAGUCACCACCAAGCACAGCUACAAGAUCGACUACAAGUACGUGUGGAGCUGCGUCGACUGCAGCCAGAACUACGGGCGCCACUCCAAGAGUAUUAACCCUGCGCGCUCCCGCUGCGGUCUCUGCAAGGGCUCGCUGCAGCAGAUUAAGCCUAAGCCGCGCAAUGUGUCGCCGAGGAAGAAGAUGCCGGCGCUUCCACAGAAGCUGUUUGGGAUGGAGUUGGAGGAACGGAGUUGAUUUUAUCUUUUUUCUUUCUUGGUUCUUUUGCCGUUUGGUUGCUUGGCUAUUUGUAUGUUUUUGGUGUUAGGUAGCGUUGUUGUUUAGCAUCUAGCCUGGUUUAAAUUGUCGACGUGUUUGGGAUAUCUAUCAAGC